AGGACAUGGCACAAUGUAAGAGAAAGUGGAAAGUGUUGAAACAAAUCCAUCUUGCCAUUGAGAGAUAUUGCAAUUGAUCUGGAUGUCACUGGGACAAUGUCAAUGGUGCCAAUAUACAUGAGCAAGCUGUGGAAACUCAGUGGACCCAGUUUAUUGAUGCCAGCGCUAGAAAUAAGGUAUGUUUAUAUUGGCAUCUCCAAUGUACUACUUUAUGACUUACUUACAGAUUAUGAAACCAUUUAAAACCAAUGGGUGGAGAUAUUGGGAGAAGAUGUACAGCAAUUCUCCUGAACAGGAGUGGUGCUCAUGGGGUAGUGCCUACAACCUGGCUUCCUUGGCUGUGCAGGCUUCAGGGGGUGCUACUGCUUCUAGCACUGAGGCAAGUGGGUCCAUGGCCACCACCACCAGCACUGCAUCAAGUGGAAGGACGAUGGGACUUGAUGUCAGUGUGCCAAAAGCUGCUGCCACUGGUGGGGCUCAUGGCCUUGGAUGGGGCAACACUGGCCUCAACUUUCAUGCUGGAUGGGAUCAGGUUGUGUCUGCACUUCUGUCCAUCACCCCUGGAAUCGCUCAAAGCUCUAUGAAUGCGCCCCCUCCCCCCUCUUUUGUCACACCCUCCAGCACCAGCAAAUGCUCUCACUCAGACAUGGUCCUUUCCUCCAACACCACCCAAACUUUGGCAUCACAGGUGGGUUCUGCCAAUGCCAACAAAAAGCCAAGGUUGUCGGCAUGUGGUGGCAGUCCAAUAUCACGUGUUGCUAGUAAUUGGACGAGCUCUAAAGCAGCAAAGGAUGCCGCUAGCACUGCUGCCUUCAUGAAUUUACAAGGUUCCAUCAACCACUGAUGGACAGCCUUCACUUGUCAGUGGCCAACUCAGAAGAAACUCAGGUGGCAAAUGAAAGGUCCCAGGCCUUGGCCUUCAUGCAGGAUGAGGAGGGCAUUCCGCCAGUAGACCAAAUCACCCUCAUGAAUGUGUUCUCAAGGAGCCCAGUGGUAUGCAGCACCUACUUGUCUGCCAAGGUUGAGAAUUGCAUCCCCUACUUGCAAUCUGUUCUUGCUCAGGCUGCCAGGGGGGAUUUUGGACUGCUUUAAAUCAUAUUCUCACAUGCAGAUCAAAUUUUGUCUCUUUCAUUGCACUUUCAUCUCAGUUCUCAUUUGUUUGUCUUGUUUUGUUCUUCUUUGUUUCUUGAAUCAUGUUACAUAGCUGUCACUCUUU